UGAGGUUGCCUGGAGUUCUGUGGCCUGGACGCAUGCAGGAUGGACCCUGUUGUUCUCAGUUACAUGGACAGUUUGCUGAGGCAGUCGGACGUGGCCUUGCUGGAGCCCCCAAACUGGCUCAACGAUCACAUCAUCGGGUUUGCCUUUGAGUACUUCGCCAACCACCAGUUCCAAGAGUUUAGAGAUCAGGUUUGUUUUAUCAGCCCCGAAGUGGCUCAGUUCAUUAAAUGUGCCCUUAGUCAGGAAGAAAUAGCCAUAUUCCUUCAACCGCUGGACCUUCUCCACAAGGAGCUGGUGUUCUUGCCUGUCAAUGACAACUCCAACCAGGUCGCUGGGGGCACCCACUGGAGCUUACUGGUUUAUUUCAGGGACAAAAAGUGCUUUGCCCAUUACGAUUCUCACAGUAAAUGCAACUCUGUCCAUGCCAAGCAAGUGGCAGGGAAGCUGGAGGCCUUCUUGGGCAAAAAACGGGGCAAAGCAACCUUCGUGGAGGAGAAGGCGCCUGCCCAGCAGAACAGCUAUGACUGUGGGAUGUACGUGAUCUGCAACACGGAGGCUCUGUGUCAGGGAUACUUCAGAGGCUGGCCAGAGCCUUUGCUGCAGCUCCUCACCCCGUCCUACAUCACGCAGAAGAGAUCGGAGUGGAAAGCUCUCAUCACGAAACUGGCACAGAAGUGA